CGCCUCCAGUGCACAACGCCCCCUAACUCACGCUCCUCGUGCUUGAAAGUUCUCUUUUGAUUGUUCCCCGUCGUUGUGGCCCAAUAAUACCGCGUUGAGGUCGGAUAGAGCGCUAACCAAAUCACUGAGUAAGGGGGAGUGUUACAGUAUAGAUAGUGUAGAUCAUCCGCGAAGACAAGAUGACCAAGCGCAAAGGAAAAGGUACCAAUAAACAGGACGACAGUUUGCUGCUCUUGGAGACGCCAUCUGUAACACCACCGAGGGGAUUUAAAGAAUAUGCAGUCCCUGCCAUUGUUUUCUUUAUUUUCGCUGUCGGGGGAUCAACGGCAGUCUGGUUCUGCAGCCAGCAGCAGCAAACCAUCGACAGUCUAGCAGAGACAGUCAAUGCAAUGCAACUUAGGAUAACAAAGUUCCAACAGCAGUUGGGAAUGGGUAAUGCACAGAUUGCCAAUGUGGGUGUUUUUGAAGAACGUCUACAAGCACUGGAAGAAGCCUUCACACAGGCCCAAAAAAAGGCAGAUGUUGCACUGGCCACUUCAGAAAAAAUAAAAUCUACUGAUCUUCAAAACCAAUUCUGGUCUCUUCAGUCUGAGAUGAAUGGCAAACUUUCUGAACUCCAGCAGGAAUCUGUUUCCACUGCAACGUUGAAUGCUGUGGUCAAGAAUAAGACCGAAGAGAUAGAAACACUGAAGCAGAGGCUUAUUUCUAUCCUUACUGCGAACUCCGAGGUAGCUGUUACCAUUUCUGGGCUCACAGACACUGUUUUGGUCACCAAAUCACGUCUUGACGAGCAGAUGUCCACUAUAGACGGUCUCACAUCUGAGUUGGAGGAACAAAGAACGGAACUUUCAAGCCUGAAGGAAUCCUUUAUCAGCAAUAAGAAGGCUCUUGAAAGAAACAGACAGAAGGUGAUGGACAUCAAAGACCUCCUGGAGAUGGAACAGGCAAGAAGAUCCCAAGUUCUCGAGGAGCAGCUUAUGGCAGUCCGUAGGAGUCUGGAGGACCAUCAAAAGAGUACUCAUAGUCUUCACUCUCACCUUGCUGCCCAAAUUGAGAUCAUCCAGAGUCAGAUGUUAUUUGAAAGCCAGCAGUCCAGUACAGAGGAAAAUAUUUCAGUAGAAGAGCAGCAAGUGGAGCAAGCAGCAACUCAGGAGGAAGUUCUGAUCAAGGAUGAAGAAGUAGAAACAAAGGAACAAGCAAUUACUGAGGAGGAAACCGUAGAGGAGGUUCAUGAUGAAGAAGAAGAGCGAGUAGUACAUGAGGAGGACGAGACAACUGAGGAUGUUCAGGUUCAUGGGGAAGAACCUGUUGAAAAGCAAACCAAUGAGAAUGAAAUUCCGGAGGAAGCUGAAGUCAAAGAAGAUGUUGCUGAAGAGCAAGCUGUAACUGAGGAGAAUGAACAAGCUGAUGAUGUUCCAUUGCACCAGGAUAUUAUUGAGGAAGCAGUAACUCAACAGGAUGAAAUGGCAGAGGAGCUACAGGUAUCUGACAAGGAAGUACCAGCUGAGGAGGUUCAGGUCCUCGGGGAAGAAGAAUCUGUUGAGAAGCAAUUAUUAACUGAGGAGGAUGUAAUAACUGAGGAAGUUGAGAUCAACGAUGGAGAUGUUAUUGAGGAGCAAGCAGUAACUGAAGGGGAUGCAAUAUCUGAGGAAGUUCAGGUCAACGAUGAAGAUGUUUUUGAAGAGCAAGCAGUAACUGAAGGGGAUGCAAUAUCUGAGGACAUUCAGGUCAACGAUGGAGAUGUUAUUGAAGAGCGAGCAGUAGCUGAGGGAGAUGAAAUAACUGAGGAGAUUCCAGACCAAGAAGAAGAAGAAGUUGUUUUUGAUGUGGAAGACCAAGCUUCCAUAGAAGAAACAGGAGCUGACAAAAGUGUGUCGAGAGCUGUUGACAACUUCUCUGAAGAUCAGAUAGUUGAAGAUAUCAGUCAGGAGCAGACAUCACAGGAGCAAUUAGAAGAAACUGAGAAGCAGAAAGACUUGGAAGAAUUUGAAGAACACGUGCAAGAAGAAGAAGAAGAAGAAGAAGAAGAAGAAGAAGAAAACCCUACUGAGGAGAUUGUGGAAGAGCUAGAUGAAAAAUCCAUUUCUAUCAAUGGAAGUUAAGUUUCUGAGAGGAUGAUGGUUCAAAAUAAAAUACUUUUUCUGAGGACUUGAAAUGAUCCCAAAUGAAUCAUGUGAUGCAUAGUAUUUCACAUUUGUUGAAAUGUUCCUCAGUCUUAUGUUGUAUACCCGAAAAUGAACUUUGAACCUAGCAAUGAGUUUUUCAAAUCCAAUGGUGAAUUUGUUUUUCUAGUGAUAUCUCUUAAAAUGUUGAAGUGCUCUGUUUACACUGAAAUGUAGAGUGUGUUGAUGUUGUUGUACUAGGUUACACGCGUUUUUCAUAUAGCAGUUUGCCAGCUAACUAACCUCAGGAGUGUCACUUGAAUAAACAGCUUUAUCUUUUUUUUACUA